UGGAUAUAAGUUGGUGGAGCGAAAAAAUUAUAUAUGGAGGCACAUAGCAAAGGAGAUGAACAGCACAGAUGAACAGUGUUCGCGUAGGUGGUUGGCAUUGAGGGAAAGGUACGCCAGGGAGACCCGACGACUCAAUGCUCCAUCAGGAAGUGGAGCAUCGGCCGAAAAAGUUUGGCCAUUAAUGGACUCGCUACAGUUUUUAAAAAAGCAUAUAAUUCCACGGAGGUGUAGAACGAGCAAAAACCUUAUCGAUUCCUUGCCGCCAUCGCCGCAGGAUCUUAAUCCAUCGCCAUCAAUUUUGGAGCAAAGUGCGCAGCAUUUAUCAUCAUCGCCGCUGUGCUUGCCAGAGUCGCCACUCCUCGUCGAAGUGUCAUCGUCACCUAUUCCGGUACCAGAGUUGUGUCAAAGCGAUUUAUCGCCCUCCCCGUCAGGCUCCAUGUCAGCAACUCGUAAGCGGGUAAAAAAGAGGGGCAACGAAGACGAUAUGGACAAGUUAUUCUAUGAGGCAGUGGAGAUGUUCAAGCAGGCGUGCACAACUCCUGAAGCGGCAGGUGAAAACGACGUUGUUGAUAACUUCACAAAGAUGAUGCAGGCAUCAAUCAAGCAGAUGAGCGCUACAAAGCAAACCAUUGCUAUGGAGCGCAUAACGGCUGUUGUGAUGGCGCUGCAGAGGGAGACGGAGCCAUAA